AUGAGUAGUACUUCUUUUGUUGUUGCCUUAACUCUGUUUCACUUGAGCUUCUUUCAUCUCUAUUUCUACCAAUCCAACUUUGAAGUGCAAAAGCCCUACGAUGUGUCUCAAGACCAGCGGUACAGCUACGUGGACGGUGUCCACAAGCUCUGGGUCUACUCCACCAACAAGCCUUUCUCCCAAGGCAGCGCUACUCUUCCGCGCACCGAGAUCCGUAUACGCGGCUACGAUUAUUCCUCGGGUACUUGGCAAUUUGAAGGUUAUGGAUACGUGCCAAGCGGCACGACUGGUGUGAGCAUCAUGCAGGUGUUCGGAGGAAGUAGUCGAGCCACGACCUUAAUGGUUAGAGUUCAUGAUGGCUCGCUUACCAACUACCGAAGCCCAGUGCUAGCGUCCAACAUCUAUAACAAGUGGUUUCGAUUAAAUGUAAUUCAUAAUGCAGAUGGAAGAGUUCAGAUUUACGUUGAUGGGAUUCUCGAGUAUGAAGGCUCAGAUGAUGGAGGCAGCUCUCAUUACUUCAAGUUUGGGGUUUAUACCCAGAAUGAUCCCUCCAACUACAUGGAGUCACGUUGGAAAGGAAUCAAAGUUUUGAGGAAAUAAUCACCAUGUGAUGGAUGAAAAUGUGUAAGAUGUUGGGAUUCAUAAAUAAAAUAGAAUAAAUUCAUGCUUA